AUGGGUGAGGCGACGAUGCUCCCGGAGGAGGUCUCGGAGAAGCAUGUGCCCCUGAACGUCGGCAUGAAGUUGGCGAGCAAGUACAUCGCCGACCAGAUGCUUGAGCAGAGACACCUGAAAGUGCUGCACAAGACCCUGUCCACCGCCUGGAACAGGAACGGCCAGACUCAGUCCUUGUCUGCGGCCUUCGCCCUCAUGCAGCAGUAUGGCGUGGAGCUCACAGAAGAAGAGGUGCAAAGGAUCACCGCCAUGGAGGAGGACCAGCAGAUCGCGGCCCUGGUGAACCGGAUGCCGCAGGAGUCCAACGAACAGUUCCAGCAGUUCUUCCUUCAGCUUCAGCUCCUGGUCUCCACGGCCAUGCGGGUGCGCGACGGCUUGGAGGAGGGCGCGCCCAACAAGGUGGAGAGCGCCCUGGACGAUGCCGACAGCACCGGGGUGACGCAGCACAUCCUCAGGAUGGCCAUCGUGCAAGCUGGCAAUGAGGCAGCCAUGCAGCGGCAAGAGUACGAGGGCUGGGUCAGGGAGACCGACGAGCAGAUGGGCCGGCUGAUCCGCGGCCAGGAAGACGCCAUGGCCGCGCAGAAGAAGCUCGCGACGAUGCAGGCGCGCCUGCAACACGACAGAGACGAGCACGCGGAGAAGGCGUGUAAGGUUUGCAUGAACUUUGUGACGAACAUCACCAACUCUACGAAGUUGGCCUGCUUCCAAGGCUGGAUCUCCUGGACCAAGAGGGCCAAGCAGGAGGGUGCCAUUGUGAGGGAGUACGAGGAGCAACUGGAAGACAUUAGCCGUCGCCUCGCCGGGUACAGGCAAGCCUCCCUUGCCAACGUCCGAAGCUAUUUGGACAAGAAGGCGCAGGCCCGCACCGCGGAGCUGCUGGCGGAGGUGCUGAACCUUUGGCCCGGGCCCCAGAGGGCCUCCGUGGCGGAGGAACCACCGGAUCCUCGGAAGAAAUGGGGGGAAGGCACAGCUCCGCUGAACCCGGCCGUUUGA